AUGGACGGGCACGGCGGCGGGGGCGGUAAGCUGACGCGGACGCCGUCGUCGCUGCUCCGGUCGCCGACCGUCCGCGCGGGCCCCGGCGCCGCGUCCUUCCACGCGCUGGACGACCCGGAGCCCGACGACAAGAAGGCGCAGGCGCCGCUGCUGGGCAAGCCCCGGGCGCUGCUCCGCCGGGCCCACCACCGGCUCCGCCCCGGCCCGGCGCAGUCCGCGCUGCUCCUGCUCCUCCUCCCCGUCCUCGCGCUCGCUGCGCUACUCCUGCGCGGCGGGGGCCACCACCUCGCCCUCCUGGUGGCCGCGGCCGGGUUCGCGCUCGCCGCUGCGGCCGCCGUCGCGCGGCGGACCCGCGGCGCCCGGGGCCCGCGCGCGCCCCCGGCGCUCGCGGCCUCCGUGCAGUGGUUCAUCGGCGAGGGCGACGGCGAGGAGCAGCAGCUGCGGGAGCGGGACAAGAAGGGGAGGCCGGGCGCGGAGGUGCGGGAGGGCGUCGAGUUCUACAGCAACGGGGACCGCUACGAGGGGGAGUUCCACGGGGGCCGCUGCAGCGGCAGCGGCGUGUACAGCUUCUUCGGCAAGGGCAAGUACGAGGGCGACUGGGUGGACGGCAAGUACGACGGCCACGGCGUCGAGAGCUGGGCGCGCGGCAGCCGGUACCGCGGCCAGUACCGGCAGGGUCUCCGCCACGGCCACGGCGUCUACCGGUUCUACAGCGGCGACUGCUAUGCCGGCGAGUGGGCCGCCGGCCAGAGCCACGGCAUCGGCGCCCAGACCUGCUCCGACGGCAGCACGUACGCCGGUGAGUUCAAGGGCGGCGUCAAGCACGGCCUCGGCUGCUACCAUUUCAGGAAUGGCGAUCGGUAUGCAGGGGAGUACUUUGCAGACAAGAUCCACGGUUUUGGUGUGUACAGCUUCGCCAAUGGACACAGCUACGAGGGCUCUUGGCACGAAGGAAAGAAACAGGGGUUCGGGAUGUACGCGUUUCGGAAUGGGGAUGAACGAGCGGGGGAGUGGGAUUCUGGAGUUCUGAAGAACUCCUUGCCUCUGUCAGACCCAGCUGUUCAGCGUGCUCUACAGGCUGCUCGAAGGGCUGCAGACUGCGCCUUCCACCUCCCAAGAGUAGAAGAGCAGGUGAACAAGGCCGUCAUGGCUGCAAACAGAGCGGCCACAGCUGCCCGUGUCGCCGCGAUCAAGGCAGUGCAGAAUAGGAUAGAUGGCAAGCUCUGUUUCAUCGACGUGUGA